GAGACUCAGAGUCGUAAAAGGGACGGCCGCCAGUUGCCGCCGAAAGCGGAGGCGAAGCAUUGGCUCCGUUCGCACGCCGCGCCCGCCCCGCUGCCGGCGGCCUCCGAGACGGUGACAGCUCCGUUGUUGGGGCCGCGCGGGGAGCGAGGAAGGCGGUCUUUCAAUGAGCCUCUUGCAGGCGCUGCCACUCUGCCCGUGAAACCCGGGGGCCGGUGCCGCUCGCGCGCAGCCGCGGGGGAAGGGAGCGAGGGGCCGGUGCCGCGAGGCGGAGGAUGUUCGAGAAGCGGGUCCUGGUGACGGGCGGCGCCGGCUUCAUUGCUUCACAUGUAGUCGUCUCUCUUGUGAAAAACUAUCCAAACUAUCUGAUUAUAAAUCUGGAUAAGCUCGACUACUGUGCAAGCUUAAAGAAUCUUGAAACUGUCUCUGGGAAGGAAAACUACAAGUUUAUCCAGGGGGAUAUUUGUGAACCUGAUUUUAUAAAGCAGCUCUUUGAAACGGAGAAAAUAGAUAUAGUCCUUCAUUUUGCAGCCCAAACACAUGUAGAUCUUUCAUUUUGGCAUGCCCUGGAAUUCACCUACGUGAAUGUUUAUGGCACGAAUGUGCUGGUUGCUGCUGCACAUGAAGCCAAUGUGGAGAAGUUUGUCUAUGUUAGUACAGAUGAAGUAUAUGGAGGUAGCACUGAUGAGGAAUUUGAUGAAUCCUCACCAAAACGUCCAACAAAUCCCUAUGCCUCCUCUAAAGCAGCUGCAGAGUGUUUUGUUCAGUCUUACUGGGAAAGGUACCAAUUCCCUGUUGUCAUCACACGGAGCAGUAAUGUUUAUGGACCACAUCAGUAUCCAGAAAAAGUUAUUCCAAAGUUUAUAUCUUUGUUGCAACAGAACAGAAAAUGCUGUAUUCAUGGUUCUGGACUUCAGAGAAGGAAUUUCCUUUAUGCAACUGAUGUGGUAGAAGCAUUCCUUACUGUCCUGAAGGAGGGGAAACCAGGUGAAAUUUAUAACAUUGGAACUAACUUUGAGAUGUCCAUUGCCCAGCUUGCUAAGGAGCUAAUCCAUUUAAUAAAGAAGACCAGUUCAGAGUCUGAAAUGGAGCACUGGAUGGAUUAUGUCAAAGACAGGCCUACAAAUGACCUCAGAUAUCCAAUGAGUUCAGAAAAAAUGCACAACUUAGGCUGGAGACCCAAAGUGCCUUGGGAAGAAGGAAUAACGAAAACAAUUGAAUGGUACAAAGAAAAUUUCCACAACUGGAAAAACUCGGAGAAAGCUUUGGAGCCCUUUCCUCUGACAGACCCGUUUGCCCAGCUCAGUGGUCCAUAGUGUGGCACAGAACCUGAAGGAGUUUUUUCUACCUCAUAUGGUCUUUUCUUCAAAGCCUGCAAUCAAAUGGCUACGCUGGACUCUUAAUGUAUUCAAGAUACAUGAACCAUGAUGAGUAAAGAACCACAGUAUGGCACAGCUUUGGAAUGGUUUCAGCACUUUAUUUGUUGAACCUCUUAAUUUCAGCUCUUGGUGCAAUACUCUAUUCUCACUAGGUAUUGAUUUUAAAAAACUGUAUGGAGUGAAGAAUAUUUAUAAUGUUAUAGUGUUAUAAAUUAGUGUACUGAAAUAAAAUCUGCCUUAUUAAGAAUAAUUAACUGUGAUUGCAGUUUUUGAGACUUGGAGUUAAAUUUGGUUUUGUUCUGGAAUUAUUCAUCUGUAUUAGUUUGUUUUUACAGUGUAAUAUAUAUAAUUUUUUGUCACUUCAGCGGGUUGGGUUUUAUUUUUAAUCAAGGGGAGAAAUUAUAUAUUUUUUGGAGACUAUAAAUUGACAAAAGCUGGACAUAGCACCUCUAUGGUUCCGUCCAUUUCUCUGCUGGUGCACUUUUAGCUUUGUAGUUGACUGAUCAAACUUACCUACUCUGUAACUUAAAAUGCCCCUUUCAAGGGCAACAAGGGGGGAGGGAUGAUGUCAAGAAGUAGCAGGUGUUCUCGAUGAGAUUUCCAGAAGUAUUUCCUUAAACUUUGUACUCCUUUUACUGUAUUACUGUCUAUUACAUGUUAACUCCUCUUUCUUAGCUGUAAUUGUAACAAACUUGGAAUACUGGAAGACAGUUAACAUUCCAAUGAUCUUAUUUCCUGUGAUAUGAAGGCUACUUAUGGAGAAAUUUUUUUAAAACUCUUAUUUUUCUGUGAAUUGUGGGUUGACAGACCUUAAUCAAUGCAGUGUAUCAGCAUUUUUUCUGUAAUAAACAUUUUAAAGAUAAAACUGUA